UGCCGGUGUUUGUGGUGUAGUGAAAAACUUUCGUGUAUAUAAAUUAAGAUUGAAAAAGUUGGGAAGCCGACGACAUUGUACUGCAUUACCAAGAUGUGAAUACACUAGUCAUUGGAGAAAUGGAGGAGGAACAAUGUCUGAACUGCACGCUCUAUGCAGAGUUCAACGACACUUUCUAUAAGAACAUCACCAAGAAUGAGACUACCAUCAAUAAGUUCUAUUUCUACCAGUCAGCACAAUUGGCGAUACUAUGGAUGCUGCUCGUGACCAUAGUGGCUGGCAACGCGACCGUAGUCCUCGCGUUGCUGCUCACCAAAUCCAGGAAGAGUCGCAUGCACUUCUUCAUUAUGCAAUUGGCCAUCGCCGAUUUAUUAGUGGGCUUAAUCAGUGUUCUGCCGGAUUUAAUACAAAGGAUAACAAUCACGUGGCUUGCUGGCUCCAUUACGUGUAAAAUGAUGAAGUAUUUACAAGGUGUCGUCACAUAUUCCUCUACUUACGUAUUAGUGGCACUGAGUGUGGACCGAUGUGAUGCCAUCACCCAUCCCAUGAACUUUACGGGAAGCUGGCGUCGUGCGCGCGCGCUUAUUCUUGGUGCAUGGUUCGUCAGCUUUCUGUUCUGUGUACCGAUGCUAUUUCUGUUUGAUGAAGCCAAUGUUGAAGGGAUCUACCAAUGCUGGUCAGGCAUCAGUAAACUGCAGUGGAGGAUAUGGAUGACCAGUGUAUUUGUGUCCUUGUUUGUGGCACCAGCACUGACAAUAUCGGCCUGUUACGGAGUGAUCGUGGUCACGAUACGACAGAAGAGUAAUCGGGUACUAGGCAGGAGGGCUACGGCGACUAGACAAUACAGUGACGACUUGGACAGCCGACGGGCCAGCAGCCGCGGCAUCAUACCGAAGGCCAAGAUCAAAACUGUCAAAAUGACAUUCGUUAUUGUUUUUGUAUUCGUGUUAUGCUGGUCUCCAUACAUGAUCUUCGACCUGCUGCAAGUCUACGGCUACGUUCCAGACACGCAAGGGAACAUCGCCAUCGCCUCGCUCAUCCAGAGCCUGGCACCUCUCAACUCUGCAGCUAACCCAGUCAUAUACUUCAUAUUCUCUAACAGGAUAUUUGUUAGCCUAAGGAACAUUCCUCCAUACAAAUGGCUAUGGUGUUGGAUGAGGGCGAGUGACAGCCCUGCUGGCAACGAAUCGCGGGCACACACUGAACUGCUGACGUCAUCACAUCGACGGACUAGGCAUGAACUAACUAUACGAGUAAAAGACGACAGCGUGAAGUUUCCAAAGCAGCGUCUACACCAGUGCAACAGCACAAACUCCAAAAAGGUUCGUUUACAUCUGCCCGACCAACAGAUCAACAACAACUGCCAUCCACCGCAACGAAGACGGGAUGAUACUUUCUUGUAGACUUAUUAACCAACGUCUUUUGCAGUAAUUGAAUUUCUUUGAAAAUUACUCGACUAAGUAUAGUUAUAUGGCUUUAUCACGUAACAAUUCGAGGGAUCUCAACCAGUCUCAAGCCGAGCCCGAAGCCCAUAGACAUCAGCAUUAGUAACAUGCGCAACUACUGACGUCGCCAGCAUUGUUCAAUGCACAGCCAACCCCAACGAUUACGUCGUACGUACGUCGGCGGACGUCAAAUUCACGAGAGUUAUUUUUUAAUGAAAAUUAAAAUAUGACAAUUACAUUACAUUUCAGUCGAUAUCCGAGAUGUCUCAUCGAGCCAUGCAUUAAGUUGAGUAUUUUUCAAAAGAUUCUUAUGAUGGUCAGUAAUUUUAAUGAAACUAUGUAUAAUAUUUUAUAUGUACGUACAUGUAUACUGUGUAACUUUAAUAAAUGUGAACAUUUUUAGACAUAAGAUGACAUUAAACGAAUUGAAUAUAAUAAUGUUAAUUUUAACGUUUUAAUAUAAUAAUAUAAAAUGAACUGUAUGACUAAAUUAAUGUUAGCUUAAUAACUUUAUCAAUCUAUGGUUUCUUAUAUUCAACACUGACUUUUGCAAUGACAAGAAAAUAAAUAUUCGUGCAUACUGUUAUACAAAGCUUAUAAAUAAACAUGUACUUUCAAUUACGGGUAAACCUUAUUAAUUUAUAUUAUACAGUCAUUAUAAAUUCACUAUCUCUGAUUACUAGAUCGAUAUAGAAAUCAAUCAAAUGAAAAAGACUACAAAAAGAUCCGAUAGACUACAAAAAGUAUACUUAUUGGGCACCAGACACAAAGCAGUAAUAAACACAACACAAUCAAAUAAAUAAAAUUAAAUAGAAUGGUACACGAGACCACAAAAAAGUAAGAAGGGAAACGAGUAACGAAAUAUUAUUAUUAUAUAAUUCAUUUUGUUUCAUUCUAAUUGAUCUGAUA